AUGGCCGCUCGAUAUGGCGUGGAUGGUGAGGCUACUAUUGAUGUUGGUGACCAGGAAGAAGCUGCUCGCGCUGCCUCGCCAAAUCGUUCAUGUACUUCUAAUUCUACCGGUCGACUGGAUCCUACUGCGUUGGUCAACAAGCGUUCUCAUCACCGAAGAAACUUCACUCAAAACUUGAAUCUAGUGAGGAAGGUGAUUGGGGAGACUGGAGCCAGCAGUUACACCGCUGAUCUCAUCAAGAAGGCUGACACCCACUACGAACAAUCCAUGUAUUACCAUCAUCGCUAUUGCGCAAAAUUGGGUAUCAACGACGACACCUGGCUGGAAAAUCUACGCCGUGAUUUUCAAGCUGUCCAUGAAGAGUUCGAAGCGCUGCGUCAUGUUGAGCAACCUGAUGUACCGUCAUCGCCUGCAGCAAAAACUCGCACGAGAGUCCAUGUUGCCGUGAUAUGGCUGAUCCGAAACGUCUACCUGAAUCUACUCCGCUGGACGUCACCUCUGGUUCCUUGCCGUGCCGCUGAACUCGAGCUCAAGUUGAUCCGGAAGAGAAGAGAAGAAGAGAAGGACGAAGAUCUACGCCUUAGCGAGCUGGCGCGCAAACGUCAGGAGGAGAAAGAGCACGUCACAGCCAGACGACAGGAACGAAAAAUCAAAGAAGAAAUCGGCCGGCUUCGCAUGAGUGAAGAGUUGUCGAAGAAACCUAUUCGUUCGUCUUCGCCGAUCUCUUUGAAUUCCCUCAGCGAAUCCGACGAGGAAUUCUUCCCUAGCCCGUCGUCAAAGCCGAAAACUCACAGAAACUUCCUGGAAUCGCGGUCGGCCAUCUUAAGAGUGGACGGCUGGAUCGACAACUUGGAGCAUAAACCAUCGGCUGUACCAGUAAACCCCCCUGUUCCAUGGAUGUCCGGAGGAUCGGCCCCAUUUGCGUGUAAGACCCCCUUUGACGGCGAUCCACGGGACUGGCUUCUGUUUGCUUCUCGUUUCCAGGCUUUUGUCCACGACGUCAUCCCGAAUGAUGCUCAACGCCUGGCCAUUCUGACGGAAUUGGUAGGCCCUGCGCCGCAUCUCCCCGCUGCUGAAGGCGCCCCGAGAUCGCCCGCUGCCAUUCGUGACCUUUUGAACCUUCCUUUCGUUAAGCCAGGUGAUCUCCCAGCACUUGAGUUAUUCUCCGAUCCGCUACAUGGAGCAGUCGUCGUAUUGGAGCAAGGAGGGCUGGAGCACGAUUUGAAGAGUGCUGCCAACUUACACCAAGCAGUUCAAAAGCUGCCGCCUCUUUUUCGCCAUCGCUGGGCCCCGUAUGUCCGAAAACGUAUACCAAGAAUCCUAGAUCUUAGCGAUCUCGAUCGUUUCCUGGAGGAGAUAGUAGAAGAGGAGAAGAUUGCAAGUGCGUCUGUAGAGCUAACGCCCAGGAUCGAGCUCCGCGGAAAGCGUGUCACUUUCGACAAUCCAAACCUCACAAGACACCCUUCAUUCAAACCCUCAGUCGCCAAGUCACCGCCCGUCCGUCCACCUCCGACCGUUUUGUCUACACAGGCCAUGAGAGAAGCUGACAUCGAGUGUCCGAGCUGCGGUGAGGUCCAUCGACUGAGUAGCUGUGCGGAAUUUAGACGGAAGUCGCCGAACGAUCGAGCGUUGGUGGUGAAGGAGAAAGGUUUCUGCUUCAAUUGUCUUGCAGGGAAACAUCGAAGUGCCGACUGUCGUUCGAAGCCGGCCUGUGAAUCGUCCGGAUGCCGUGCUCGCCAUCAUUCGUUGUUGCAUAGUGCGGAAAGAGUUUUCCCCGAGAAGAUUGGGCACCGCCGUUUUCCACCUCCGAACGAAGAUUCGAGCUACGUUCCAGGUCCCCAGACUUUCGCCAUUGCUCCCCGUUCAGCAUCAAAUGUUCUUCUGGCCGUUGUUCAAGUUCGUCUUCGUGCUGGUGAUAGAACCCUCGACGUCUUCGCCCUACUGGACAUCGGCAGCCAGGCUACUUUGUUGCGUGAGGAUGCAGCUGAGGCGCUCGGCCUGACGGGCCGUCCUCGCAAAAUUCGUUUUGGGACUUUCCACGGAAAGGAUCCACUCGCCGACACUCGUUUCGUGGAUUUCACAGUUUCAUCGCUGGACGGAGAAGAAAGUUGUCCGGUUUCCGACGCUUUCGUAGUACCCAAUCUUAAUGUUGGGCACCGAAGGAUGAAAAACUCUUCCGCCGCGUUCGAGUAUCUUCUUGGACUUGAUUUUCCCGCUCGUGAUGCCACAGAAGUUAAAAUUCUGAUCGGCAUGGACGUCCAAGACGCUCACCUGAAUCUUGAAGUCCGUCGCCCGCCAGCCGGAGUUAGAGGACCUAAUGCGGUUCGCACCCCGUUUGGUUGGUGCAUCGUGGGUAAAACCUUUUCCGCGCCCGCUGUGGAAGCAGCGCACGUAAAUUUCGUCAAGUUGGAUUCGAUCGAGCUGCUGGAGGAGUCCGUUGAGAGAAGAACUGCAGUCGAACAACGAUCUACGCAAAGCAGUUUCCGAACAAAUGCAAGAAGUCCUUCGCAGCGGCCACGCUACAAGAAUUACUUCGACCGAUCCUGGUUCGAGAAUCUGGUACCUCCCGUUUCACCCGGUUCAGCACCCAGCAAGCCCAACAAGGUUCGACUCGUUUAUGACGCCGCUGCCCGCUUUAAAGGAAUUGCCAUUAACGACAUCCUGCUGAAAGGACUGGAUCUUACGACCCAACUGCUCGCAGUGCUGCUUCGCUUUCGUGAGAGGAGGAUCGCUGUUACUGCCGACAUCGCCCGAAUGUUUUAUCAGGUUCUGGUGCGAGAAAGCGACCGACCGAUAUUUCGGUUUUUAUGGAGGGAACCUGGAACUGAAAAUCCUAUCCAGGAGUACCAGAUGACUGUGCACAUUUUCGGCGCCGUAUCUUCGCCAACGACUUGUAGUUUUGCCCUUCAACGCCUCGAAAAGGAUGCACCCGUCCACCUGCAAGAAGUCGCGAGCCGGAUUCACUCCGACUUCUAUGUGGAUAAUUUAUUGUCAUCGUUCGACGAAGUGAAAGACGGAACAUCAACUUGCCAGAAACUUGUGGAACUGCUUAGCCUAGGUGGCUUCAACCUCGUCCAGUUUCUCAGCUCUUCACGUUUAUUGCUGGAUUGCUUGCCCUCCGCGUCUCGCCUUACGCCCGAUCUCGAUUUUGACUUCGACGACUUGCCGACCGAACGGACGCUGGGUUAUCUGUGGAGUAGCGAACGAGAUGAGUUCCUCUUUUUUUUUAAGCCGUCAAACGAAGCCCAAUCGAAACGCUCCAUUCUGGCUGCCUUCGCGAGCAUUUACGAUCCGCUUGGUCUGCUCGCACCGGUGGUCUUGGUGGCGAAGAUUAUUCUUCAGGACAUCUGGCGGCUUAAAAGUGGAAGGAAUGAAGUUUUGCCUGCUGACAUUUUAAAUCGGUGGGGACGUUUUAUGGAACAUCUUCCUACGCUCGAGUCGCUGAACUUCCCGCGAAGUAUCAUUACGUGCCCUCAAUCCGCCUACUUAUCGUUCCAGUUACAUGCAUUUUCAGAUGCAUCGAAGGACGGAUUUGGAGUCGUCGUUUAUUUUCGUUCCGAGCUGCCUGACAAGAUCGAAGUUUCGUUCACAAUGGCGAAGGUGAGAGUUGCCCCCAUUCUCCAAAUCUCUAUCCCGAAGAUGGAACUCCAAGGUGCGCUGUUAGCAGUCCGGUUGGUGAACUACUUGCUGGAGGAGAUGACGCUGCCCAUUUCUUCCGUGUUUUUCUGGGUGGAUGCUAUGACCGUACUUCGUUGGAUCCACGCCAAUCAUCACCGCUACAACGUCUUCGUCGCCAAUAGAAUUUCAGAAAUCCUCGAUUCAACUACCCCGCAGCAGUGGCGCCAUGUUCCAGGCAUCCUAAGCCCGGCGGACGAAUGCAGCCACGGCCUCUGUCCGUCCGAACUCGACCCGAAUCAUCGUUGGUACCGUGGACCGGAGUUUCUUAUUCUACCACCAGAACAUUGGCCAGCCCAGAUGCCGGAUAGUGCACUAUGCGACGACGAUGAAGAAUCCAUCGCAUGCCUAGCUGUCAUCGUUUCUAGCGGACCGCUAGAUCAUUUUGCCGCCCGUAUCGACAAUCCGCACCGUCUCGUACGCAUUGUCGCCUGGAUCAAGAGAUUUACCACCAACAUGCGUAUCCUCAAUCUGCAACGGUAG